AUGUGUUCGUUAUGGUUCUAUCUUUUGAUCAUUUUUCUAUUUUUUCGUUCCUCUAAACUGGAAAAUUUGGAAGACUGGAAGAACGUUGGUCCUCUCGAGCAGAGAGUUAGCAAGAUAUGUCAUUCAUUGAAUUUGCUCAAAAAGAACCUCAUCGGAAGUAUACGUACGGGAUACAAAGAUGAGAAUCACGAUAAAAGAAGAAAAAAAACAGAAAGUUAUAAUUUAGCUGUGGAAAUGAAAGAGUGCUCAACAGAAAUUCAGAAAUUGUCAUCAACAUGUCUGCAUAAUGUGCUUAAUCAAACAUCAGCUUCUCUUGUAUCAUUAGCAGAAGAAAGAGUGAAAUAUGAAGAGAUGUUAGAGCUACAUGUUAUUGAUGAAUUAAAUAAAUUUGCAGAGAUUGAAAAACUUCUGGCGAGAAGUAAAGAGAAAUUAGCAAAAGCAUUGACAGAUUGUGAGAUUGCUAGAAAAACUGGAGAAGAUGUAGAUGCUGUUCAUCAAAAAUUAGAAUACCAAAUGGAUGUUACAUCAACUCAAAUAUACAAUUUUGCUGCCAGAGAACAAGAUAUCUCUAAAGUGUUUGCUAUACUUCUUGAGGAGAAAAGAGAGUAUCAUCGAGCUGCUUUGAGAAUCAUUGAAUCAAGCUUACCACUGGUCUUAAGGGAUAUUGACAAGGCUCGUCCCCGACCGAUGUUUGGCGUAGACCUUUCAGAACAUGUUCAACAUUCACGGAAGCCGAUCGCAAUCCCCAUUGAGGAAUGUUGUACUUUUCUGAGAAGAACAGCCCUCAGAGAAAAAGGAUUGUUCAGAAUAAGCGGAAACAGCGUCAAGAUCAAGAAACUGAAAGCAUCUUUCGAUGCUGGGCAUUACGAGUAUGACAUCCAAAGUUUGGAAAAUGACCCUCAUAGUCUGUGUGGAGUGCUGAAAUUAUAUUUGAGAGAACUUCCUGGAUCAUUGUUAGUCAACAGACUGUUCGAUUCAUGGGUUGAAGCUCUUCAGCUAGAUGGGGAAGGGAGGAUUAAUGCUUUCCGGAAUGUUCUAAAGAACUUACCAGUCGAAAAUUUUAACAAUUUAUGUUAUUUAAUUGACUUUUUAACUGACGUCAUGAGUUUUCAGCUGGACACAUCGAUGAACGCAACGAACUUAGCAAUUGUAUUUGGUCCCAACUUAUUAGUUGGAGAUAAUGAAGAAAAUAGGACGGUUAACAAGAUAGUUGAAAUAUUGCUCUUAGAAUCAGAUCAGCUUUUCGGAAUUCCCAAAAAGGAAAUUCAUCAACCAUCAUCUCAAAUCUUUGAUAAUAUGAGGCUCAGUCAAUCAUCUGAGGCGGGAAGUUUGAGCCAAUCACCAAUGAGAACUGAAAGUGUCAAGAGCGUGCAAGCGCCAAAACUACCUAUGCAACCACCAUCAAGUACAAGAGUUGAAAGUUUGUUACAAAAACGGGAAAGUGAUCCGAGGAGCAGUCGAAAAUACGUCAGCCGUAUAGAUGUGGAUAGUUCAACGUCAUCUGAUCAGAAUGUAUCGUUAACAAGUUUCAAGAAGCCGGACCGUCCUCCAUUACCAAACGCUGUUACUGCACUGAACAGAAUGAAUUUAAGAGAUGUGCAGAGCAAAAUAGAUGAAAAUCAGAAUGAUUAA